GUCGCGCCUGCUUAGAUGCCUUUAGAAUUUGGUGGCCUCAUCUGUUGUUUUUGUCACCCCCUCCCCCCUCUGGUUCCUUCAAUCCAGGCGGAGGUCGAACAGAAGAAGAAACGAACCUUUAGAAAAUUCACCUACCGAGGGGUUGACCUGGAUCAGCUGCUCGAUAUGUCCUACGAGCAGCUGAUGCAGCUGUACAGCGCUCGCCAGCGCAGGCGUCUCAACCGGGGCCUGCGGCGCAAGCAGCAUUCCCUCCUGAAGCGCCUUCGCAAGGCCAAAAAGGAGGCCCCCCCCAUGGAAAAGCCGGAGGUGGUCAAAACUCACCUGCGCGACAUGAUCAUCCUCCCCGAGAUGGUGGGCAGCAUGGUCGGCGUGUACAACGGCAAGACCUUCAACCAGGUGGAAAUCAAGCCCGAGAUGAUUGGCCACUACCUGGGUGAGUUUUCCAUCACUUACAAGCCAGUGAAACACGGCAGGCCUGGUAUCGGAGCCACCCACUCGUCUAGGUUCAUUCCUCUGAAGUAGAUGACGCUUUGGGAAAACGUUUUCUAUCUGUAAAUAAAAAAAGGCUUCUGACCAA